UUUUUCUUUUUUUACUCUUUUGGUCUCUUUUUUUUUUUUUUUCCUUUGCAAAUCUUGGAAGAGGAAAGCGGGAGAGUUGAACAGAGCCGAUCGAAACACAACUUUGCUUCAUACCAAGCUUCCCAGCAGCUCGCUGCGUCGGGAGAGACGUUUUCUCCUCCUGCAGAAGAAGAGAGAGGGAAGGGGAGCUUUGCAUCCCCUCUUCCUUCUCCUGCGUUGUUGGGGGUUUUUUUGCCCUCUUGACUGCUUUGAUGCAAUAACAGCAGGACACUGGUUUUCAAGGAACUUUGCUCCCUUCUCAACCUGCCUCCUUCCAGUCCUUUGGGAAGAGUGUGUGUGUGUCUGUGUGUGUGUGCGCGUGUGUGAAAUCGCCGUCCCACCUCCCCAAACCCCCCUGCUCCCCCACUCCUCCCCCUGCAACCUGUAGGCUGUGCAACCCCUGCAGGCUUCGCUCCCUUUCCCCCCCUCCUUCCCUCCCCCUCUCUUUUUGCGCUCCCGCGGAUCGCGGUGCGAAUUCCCCCUUUCGAGGCUAGAAAAAAGCUGAAAGGAGAAAAAGGAAAAAAAAAAAAAAAAAAAGACAAAAAAAUCAAACCUAGACGCCCCCACUCUCCUAACGCCAAAAGAAAAGCGGGAGGGUCUCGCACCCGAGAAUAAACCUCAGAGUGGGACGCCUGCAAGCAGGGGCUGAGCUUUCCUUUUUGAGUUUUAUUUUUUAAAUUUUCUUUUUUUCUUUCUUUUUUUUAUUUUUCUUUUGUUUUUUUUGUUUUGUUUUCUUGCCCCAGAAGGGGCAAGCGGAAAGCCAGCGCCGCCCACCCCCGGCAGCUCCCCGCGCCCCGUCCCGCAGCAUCCCCGCCGCGAUGCUGCUGCGGCUCCUGGUGCUGCUGGGCGCCUGCCCGGGGCUGUCGCGGUGCCUGGGCUCCUUCGUGCAGUGCGAGCCCUGCGAUGCCAAGGCGCUGUCGCUCUGCCCGCCGCCGCCGCUGGGCUGCGAGCUGGUAAAGGAGCCGGGCUGCGGCUGCUGCCUCACCUGCGCCCUGCCCGCCGGGCAGCCCUGCGGCGUCUACACCGAGCGCUGCGCCCGCGGGCUGCGCUGCCUCCCGCGCCAGGGCGAGGAGAAGCCGCUGCACGCCCUCCUCCACGGCACCGCCGUCUGCCUCAGCGAGAAGAGCUACCGCGAGCAAGCCAAGGCUGAACGAGAGUCCCGAGAGCAUGAGGAGCCAACCACAUCGGAGAUGACAGAGGAGACUUACCCCCCCAAGGCCUACCGGCCCAAGCAUGGGCGCCUCUCUGAGCUCAAGGCUGAAGCCCUGAAGAAGGACCGCCGGAAGAAGCUGACCCUGGCCAAGUUUGUAGGCAUGGCCGAGAACACAGCGCACCCGCGUGUCGUCAUCCCCGAGCUCCGGCAAGAGUUUGAGCUGGGCCCCUGCCGCAGGCACAUGGAGGCAUCCCUGCAGGAGCUGAAGAGCAGCCAGCGGAUGGUCCCCCGUGCCGUCCACCUCCCCAACUGCGACCGCAAGGGCUUCUACAAGAGGAAGCAGUGCAAGCCCUCCCGAGGCCGGAAGCGUGGGUUGUGUUGGUGUGUGGACAAAUACGGCAUGAAGCUGCCGGGGACUGACUACCUGAGCGGAGACCUUCAGUGCCACGCCUUCGACAGCAGCAAUGUGGAGUGAAGUCACAUCCCCUCCCUCCACCCCAUCACUACCUACCCAGGCUCCCUUCCACCCUCCCCUCUGCACCUCCCCAUGCCCCAGGACUCCGAUUCCUUUCAUCUCAUGUAAGAAGAAAAAAGAAAGGAAAAGAAAAAAGAGAAAGAAAGGAAAAUGAAAAAAAGAGAAAGGGAAAGAAA